AUGACCAUGAGCUUCUGCCAUGGCGGCGAAGUGAUCGCUGCUGCUCUUCUGGUCUUGACAUGUCAAACUUCAGCGCUUCCGGUCGAGGAGUCACGAGUGAGGCUGAGAGCCUCGACCCCUCACACAGCACAGCAGGAGAUGCUCUCCAACGUGACCUUUGUGCUGCCUCGCAGCGUUGGGGAUGAAGACGUCAAGAACGUCGUGCUGGUGGGAUCGUGGAGCGGGUGGAGGAGGAAGCACAGGAUGGAGAAGAACGACAAGGGAGAGUUCACAAGGACGCUGCAGCUGCCUCAUGGGAAGUUUGAGUUCAAGGUGUUCAAGGAUGGGGUUCAACAUCAGGCGACUAAGGAGAAGAUGAAAGUCUCGUCGUACCAUCCUCCCCUCUUUGCAAAUGCGAAGAAACAAUGCCUUGCCCUGCUCGACAGCGCCAGGAUGAAAUUCACCAGCACGAAGAUUGCGCUGGAGCACCACAAGGAGAAGGUGCUUGUUGCCUCUCUCACUCUUCUCCUGUUCUUGUUCGUCGCACGAUAUCAGCGACAGAUCCUGUAA